CAGCUUUACUUUGUCUUUGGAAAACGAACCUGGCUGAGGAAUUUUUUUUGCCUCUUUGAGACCCAGGAGGAUGAAAGUCAUCACUUGUGAAAUAGCGUGGCACAACAAGGAGCCCGUGUACAGCUUGGACUUCCAGCACGGCACGGCUGGGCGAAUCCACAGACUGGCCUCCGCAGGGGUGGACACGAUUGUGAGGAUAUGGAAAGUAGAAAAAGGACCAGAUGGAAAAGCCAUUGUGGAAUUUUUGUCCAAUCUUGCUCGUCAUACCAAAGCUGUCAACGUUGUGCGUUUUUCUCCAAAUGGGGAAAUUUUAGCAUCAGGAGGAGAUGAUGCUGUCAUCCUGCUGUGGAAGGUGAAUGACAACAAGGAGCCCGAACAGAUUGCUUUUCAGGAUGAGGAUGAAGCUCAGCUGAAUAAAGAGAACUGGACUGUUGUAAAAACCCUGAGGGGUCACUUGGAAGAUGUAUAUGAUAUUUGCUGGGCAACCAAUGGGAAUUUAAUGGCUUCUGCCUCUGUGGAUAAUACAGCUAUCAUAUGGGAUGUCAGUAAAGGACAAAAGAUUUCAAUUUUUAAUGAACAUAAAAGUUAUGUACAAGGUGUAACCUGGGAUCCUUUGGGCCAAUAUAUUGCUACCCUGAGCUGUGACAGGGUGCUGCGGGUGUACAGCACACAGAAGAAGCGUGUGGCCUUUAAUGUUUCAAAGAUGCUUUCUGCAAUAGGGGCUGAAGGAGAGGCAAGAAGUUACCGGAUGUUUCAUGAUGACAGCAUGAAAUCAUUCUUUCGUAGACUUAGUUUUACUCCUGAUGGAUCUUUGCUCCUCACACCAGCUGGAUGUGUGGAAUCUGGUGAAAAUGUAACAAAUACAACUUAUGUUUUCUCCAGGAGGAAUCUUAAAAGGCCUAUUGCUCAUCUUCCAUGCCCUGGGAAAGCAACGCUUGCUGUUCGCUGCUGUCCAGUCUACUUUGAGUUGAGGCCGGUGGUGGAAAAAGGUACCAUUAGAGCUACUGUGGAGCUGAUGAACCUGCCUUACCGCUUGGUGUUUGCAGUGGCUUCCGAAGACUCCGUGCUGUUAUAUGAUUCUCAGCAAUGUUUCCCUUUUGGUUAUGUAUCUAAUAUACAUUAUCAUACCCUGAGUGAUAUUUCAUGGUCCAGCGAUGGGGCCUUCCUGGCCAUUUCUUCCACAGAUGGUUAUUGUUCAUUUGUGACAUUUGAGAAGGAUGAACUUGGAAUACCUUUGAAAGAGAAGCCAGUUUUGAGCCUAAGAACUCCUGGAACAGCAAAGAAAACUAAGAGUCAGAUACACCAAGGGUCUUCACCAGGAUCCAGAUCAGUGGAAGGAACCCCCACCAGCAGAACCCAGGACCCCAGCAGUCCCAGCACCACCCCCCCUCAGAGCAAGCCAUCCACAGCCCCUCCGGUGGUAAAAGACACGCCCUCAAUGACUCCUGGCCUUAAAGGUGCCUCACCAGGGUCUGCAGAGGAGAAGACAACCCCGCAGCCCAGCGGUCCUAGCGUGAAAGCCCACCCACCCCGCAGGGUCACUCUGAACACACUGCAAGCCUGGAGCAAGACAGCACCCCGGAGAAUAAACUUAAUACCCUUAAAGACAGAUACUACACCAAAUUCUAUACCAACAAGUGUAAUUCCCACCCCUUCCACAGAAGAAAACCAGUCAG